AUGGACUCCUUCGAGGCGAGAGUCUAUCUAACCAAACAGCUGAGCUCGCUCACGCCCUCGAAACAGGCUGCUCAGCAGUGCGCAAAGUUUUUGCUGAAACACAAGGAGCUUCAAGAAGACCUUUACUCUGUUAUUUUGGAGAGUCUCGACGCCGCAGACCUGAACAUUCGCAUCAAUAUCUUCCAAUUCCUAGAGGAACUUAUUGUAUACUGCCAGAAUGACUCACAGAAACCAUACGUAUCCUCAAUUAUAAAGGAUAUGAAAUUAAUACUUACCAAGAUUCUCCCGCCAAAGCCUGAUAAUGUAUCCUGCGAGACCAGAUUGUUAACAAAUCUCCAUGCUGCUUACACGAUAUUGGUAAACAUCUCCAAAUCGUGCAUGUUCACUAACCUCAAAGAAUACAAAGCCAAGUACAGUUCCAACUUGCUAACUGAUAUGGAUAGAAACAGGAUCGAGCUUCAGCUCCAGUUUGACGAAAAACCUUUAUAUACAGAAAAAGAGCUUCCAGACUCCAUCGAUACCCAGCUAGAAUCACCAUGUACAGUCUCCGACAGAGCCCUUGCAGGACACAUUCACGAAAACGCGGAAGCAACUUUUGGCUCGGAUCGAGGCCGACAGAGAACGGCAGAAGCGUGGCAAAGAGAACCUUUGGCAAAUAAACAGGGAAAAUGGAUCAAUAACGGAAUUUGA